AAAUAAAGAGAGAAAGAGAGGGGAUCUUUUUUCAGUUUUCUAUUCAUUUCUCGCGAGACAAACAUAGCUUUUACGCGCCGGUGAUUUGCUCAACCUCUGUUAGAUCCCCUUCAUCCAUAUUUGCCUCUGCUCGGCCACUUACGGAACACCAGAGAGAGAGAGAGAGAGAGAGAGAGAGAGAGAGAAGAGAGUCACGAUGCGACGGUCGAGCUCCUGGACACUGCUCUUCCCAGGUUGAUCUCAUUCGUUUCUUGCAAUUCGUCCCCAACGACAGUUUAAUUGAAAACCGGAGAUGUUUCCACAAUUCGGUGCCACCGCUGAGAGCCUGAGCAAAGCGUCUUCCCUGGUGUUUCGGAUCGGUAGUGAUGCUCACCUGUAUGAUGAUCCCGAAGACGUCAAUAUCGCUCCCUUACUUGACAGCCGUUACGACUCAGAGAUUUGUGAAGCUUUAAAGCGAUUGCUCGCUCUCAUCGCUCAGGGCUUUGAUGUGUCCAGGUUCUUCCCCCAGGUUGUUAAGAACGUUGCAUCUCAGUCAUUAGAAGUAAAGAAGCUUGUUUACUUGUACUUGCUUCAUUACGCAGAUAAGCGUCCAAAUGAAGCAUUACUAUCAAUUAACUGUUUCCAGAAGGAUUUGUCUGAUCCAAAUCCAUUGGUGCGAGCGUGGGCACUACGUGCCAUGGCUGGAAUCCGUCUACAUGUGAUUUCUCCCAUAGUUUUGGCGGCUGUGAGCAAAUCUGCCAGAGACCCAUCUGUAUAUGUUAGAAAAUGUGCUGCCAAUGCCAUUCCCAAGCUGUCCGAUUUGCAUCAGGAAGAAAAUGCUUCUGCACUUGAAGAGAUUGUCAAUAUAUUACUGAGCGACCAGUCCCCUGGAGUUGUUGGAGCUGCAGCUGCUGCAUUUAUCUGUGUCUGUCCUAAUAAGUUAUCACUUCUAGGAAGAAACUUCAGAAAGUUAUGUGAGACUCUCCCAGAUGUUGAAGAGUGGGGACAGAUUGUUUUGAUUGGAAUCCUGCUACGGUAUGUAGUGGCAAGACAUGGGCUUCCGAGAGAAUCCAUUUUGUUCUCUUCUCAUUCUACUCGGGGUCCCAGUUCUGAAGAGGAUGGUGUGGAUCAUGCUGUGUUGGGCAACGACUCUAGCAAUGUAGAAGGCAUGACCUAUGAGUCUGACUUAACUACUUUAUUGUCCAGAUGUUACAUUGAAGGACCGGAUGAAUAUUUGUCACGAUCAGGUUUUGCAAGUAUGGAGGCCUCUGGAUUGGAUCCUGCGAGUUUUACUUCCAGCAAAAAUAAUGAAGAUGUAAGGAUUUUGCUGCAAUGCACAUCACCCUUGUUAUGGAGUCAUAACAGUGCAGUGGUACUUGCAGCUGCUGGAGUCCACUGGAUUAUGACGCCCAGGGAGGACGUGAAGAGGAUUGUUAAACCUCUUCUAUUUCUUCUGAGAUCAUCUAGUGCCUCAAAAUAUGUGGUUCUUUGCAACAUUCAAGUGUUUGCCAAGGCAAUGCCUUCCCUUUUUGCACCUCACUUUGAAGACUUCUUCAUAAGUUCUUCAGACUCCCAUCAGAUAAAAUCUUUGAAGCUUGAAAUUCUGUCUACAAUUGCGACAGAUUCAUCAAUUUCCUUAAUUUUUCAAGAGUUUAAGGAUUACAUUAAAGACCCAAAUAGAAAAUUUGUUGCUGCUACUGUUGCCGCAAUUGGCUUAUGUGCACAAAGACUUCCGACUACUGCAAAUGCUUGCUUGGAUGGACUCCUGGCUUUGACUAGACAGGAAUAUUUGACAAGUGAUUUGGGCUUGAUGGAUGAAGAAGCAUGUGUUUUGGCUCAAGCAAUCAUGUCCAUUAAAGCAAUCAUAAAGCAGGAUCCAGCCAGUCAUGAAAAGUGGGAACUGUGUAUUAUUCUCUCCAUGACUUCUUCUCAGGUUGUUUUAUUUGCUCAAGGCGAAGAAACAGAGACGUUCAAAAAAAUAUUAACUUAUGUUUUGGAACUGGCUAAAUAUGACCCAAACUACGACAUUCGUGAUCGAGCACGUGUUCUGAAGAAAUUGCUAUCUUGCUAUAUCUCUUCACAAGUCCUCGAGAAAGGAACAUCAUGUUCCUCCGACAAUACGUAUUCACAAAAACUACUUGUGGAACACAUAUUUGGUGGAAAGACAAAAUCAACAUCAUCUAUGCCGAUUAAUGAUAGGUUUUAUCUUCCUGGUUCUCUUUCACAGAUAGUUCUUCAUGCUGCUCCAGGAUAUGAACCUCUACCGAAGCCUUGUACUCUACUUUAUGAUGACCUUGUUCAGCGCACAGAGAUAGUUCAAGGGAUAGAAGUGUCAGGCAGGAGAACCACCAAUAGUGAUUCUUUUGGGACGAAUGAUCCUGAUACACUAUCUGGAUCUUUGAAUGAAGAAAGUGCUUCUAGUUAUGGUUCCCAAUAUUCAAUUACCAGUUCAGAUAAAAGUGAAGACUCUGGUUCUGCAAGUGAAGUUGAUGAUACUUGUGAUUCCCUUAUUCAUCUGUCAGAUACUGGCACUUCUCAUAAUAAACCCGGUGAAAUUCCUGAGGAGAAUGAUUCUCUGUCUUUCUCUGAUGAAUUGAGGGGAUUGAUGUCUGAGAGAGCACUAGAAUCAUGGUUGAACGAACAAUCUGGUUUGUCACAGCUGAGCUCAUCCAUACAAAAGUUUCCGUCUUUUGCAAGAAUAUCUUUGAGGGACAUUGCUGAUAGAGUUAAGCCAAAAACUUACACUCUCUUAGAUCCUGCAAAUUCAAAUGGCUUGAGGGUGGAUUAUUUAUUUUCUUCUGAGGUUUCAACCAUAUCCUCAUUGCUUUUAUGCGUGGAGAUUUUCUUUGAUAAUCAUUCGACAGAAUCCCUGGUAAAUAUCAGUCUGACUGAUGAGGAUCCUAAUCAGAAUCCAGAAUCUGCUAACCAAGUAUCAGAAAAACAUGAGAGCUCUUCCAUUCCUUCUGAUGUGCCAACAGUAAUUCCCAUGGAAGAGAUUACAUGUCUACAACCAGGUCAAAUGGAGAAAAAAAUCCUCCAAGUGCGUUUUCAUCACCACCUCUUACCUCUCAAGUUGGUUAUAUGGUGCAGUGGGAAAAAGCAUCCUGUUAAGUUGCGUCCUGAUAUUGGAUAUUUUGUAAAACCACUUCCCAUGGAUAUUGAAGCCUUUAUUUGUGAAGAAUCUAAGCUUCGUGGGAUGUUUGAAUACACUAGGGGGUGCACAUUUGUUGACCAUAUUGACGAGCUAAACCAUGAGAAGGAUCACAGUGCAUUAACAAAAGACAGAUUUCUGGUACUAUGCCGGAGCCUAGCUGUAAAGAUGCUCAGCAAUGCAAACCUUUUCCUUGUCUCAGUGGAUAUGCCAGUUGCUGUUCAUCUUGAUGAUGCAUCAGGUUUGUGCUUGCGUUUCAGUUGUGAGAUCUUGAGCAACUGUCUCCCCUGCUUAAUAACUCUCAAUGUAGAAGGUAAAUGUUCUGAACAAUUGAAUGUGUCUGUAAAAGUCAACUGUGAAGAAACCAUGUUUGGUUUAAAUCUGUUGAACAGGGUUGUAGCAUUUCUAAGUUGAAACUCAUGUAGUUGGUCAGAAAAUUUGGCAGUUGUAGCGAGAACUGGAGUUGCAUUUGUUUAUUACUAUUGUGAUUAAGUUUGAGAGGAAACGUAUUUCUUGUUUGCUGCAAA